AUGGCACAAGAAGACACCACCACCUCGGCCCAGCCGCGAACAUCGAGCAACCCCCUCCCCACAGCCAUCGAGCACUUCAACCUCUCCGCCGCGCACUACGAGCGCUCCACCGGCGGCUGCACCCGCCAGCUCGCCCGCGCCCUCCUCUCCCUCCCCGCCCUGCGCUCCCUCUUCGCCGACCCCUCCGCCGCGGUCCUCCUCGACAACGCCUGCGGCACCGCCCUCGUCACCGAGGAAGUCGCCCUGCGCUGUCGCCGAGAUGCCGCGCGCGCCAGCGCCAGCUCUUCCUCCGGUGGCGGCAGCUCAGGGUCAGGGUCAGGGUCAGGGGCAGUCCCGCUGCCGCGCAUCCAUGCCGUCGACCCGGCCGCCAACAUGAUUGACCUUGCGCGCGCCAAGCUCACCGCUCUGGGCCUCACCGACGGUGAUGAGGAGACUACGAGAGCAGCAGCGACCUGCGCCGUCAUGCCCGGCGAGAAGCUCACCUUCCCCGAUGCGUUCUUCACGCACAGCAUCACCAACCUCGGCAUCCUCUUCUUCGACGACGCCGCCGCCGGCGCGCGCGAGAUCCACCGCACCCUGCGCCCUGGCAGCGGCAGUGUCGCCGUCGUCACCUCCUGGGCCGACGUCGGCUACGUCGAGCACGUCCUGCGGCCCGCCGCGCGCGCCGCCCGCCCGCACGACCCCCCUUUCGAGCUGCCCAUACAGAAGCACUGGUUCGACCCGGCGCACGUGGAGCGGUGCCUGCGCGAGGACGGGGGCUUCGCUGACGUGGAAGUGUCGGAGCAGGUGGUGCACUAUGGCGCGGAUACGGUGGAGAGCCUGCGUGGGAUGCUGCUCGAUACUUUCACGAUGCUGUGGAGGGACUGGUCGGAUGCGGAAAAGGAUACAUUUGAAGCGGCUAUCUUGGAGCGCCUCCGAGAAGCGACAGAGCCGUAUACCAUGGUAGAUGGGGAUCCCGGGGUCGGCAUCCGCAUGCGCGCCAUUGUCGCCGUGUGCCGCAAGUAG